AUGUGGUUCAAUAUUAAUAUACUUUUCUUGAUUACUGUUUUCUAUGUGGUACAAGCUGAAAAUAAUGCUCAAAUUUUAAAUGAUAGAGCAUCCCUUGUACUGUUCAUGUCUAGUAUAAUUUCUGACCCUAAACAUGCUUUGGAGAGUUGGAAUUCUUCUGAUAUUCAUGUGUGCAACUGGUUUGGUGUAAAAUGUGACAAGAAUAGAAAUGAAUUUUUGGAGCUUGAUCUAAGCCAAAGGUCUCUGCAUGGCAACAUUUCACCAGCUCUUUCCUCUCUUUCUUCCUUAGAAAUUCUUGACUUGUCCUGGAACUUCUUUGAAGGCCGGAUUCCAACUGAGAUUGGAUCCUUUAUCCGGCUCAAGCAGCUGAGUUUAUCGUGGAAUAAUCUUGAAGGGACGGUUCCGAGUGAGUUGGGAUCUCUUCAUCAAUUAAUAUAUCUUAAUUUAGGAAGCAACCGACUCACCGGAGAAAUCCCUACGUCGAUUUUGUGCAAUGGCUCUUCUAAUCUAGAGUAUAUAGACCUUUCCAACAAUUCACUUAGUGGUGAAAUCCCUUUGAAGAAUAAUCAAUGUGGUCUUAGAGAGUUAAAGUUUCUUCUUCUUUGGUCAAACCAACUUGUGGGAGAAGUUCCUCAAGCCCUUUCAAAUUCCUCAAAACUAGAAUGGAUUGACUUGGAAUCCAAUUUUCUAAGUGGAGAGUUGCCUUCUCGUAUAGUAAAUGAAAUGCCACAUUUGCAAUUUCUUUAUUUGUCCUAUAACAAUUUCUCUAGCCAUAAUGGUAACACUGACCUCAAACCCUUCUUUGCUGCUUUAGUUAAUUCCACCAACUUGCAAGAACUUGAUUUGGCUGGAAAUAAUCUUGGUGGAGAGUUACCUUCUAUUAUCGGUUCCCUCUCUACUAGUCUUGUACUGAUUAAUCUCGACCAGAACCUUCUUUAUGGUCCGAUACCUCAAGAGAUUUCGAAUCUUUUUAACCUCACUCUCUUGAACUUGUCUAGAAAUUUUCUCGGUGGUUCAAUACCAUCUGAACUAUGCCAACUGGGGAAACUUGAGAGACUAUAUUUGUCUAAUAAUUCACUUUCUGGUCACAUUCCAUCUGCAUUUGGAAACAUUUCCCAUUUAGGCCUUCUCGAUUUGUCCAAAAAUGAGCUCUCCGGUAGCAUCCCGGACAGCUUUGCUAAACUUCCUCAGCUAAGACGACUUUUGCUUUACGAAAACCAGCUCUCGGGAACCAUUCCAACAAGUUUAGGACAGUGUGUUACCUUGGAAACUCUGGAUGUUUCUCACAAUAGGAUUUCUGGGACAAUUCCCGGUGAAGUUGCUGGUUUGAGUAGUUUAAAGUUGUACUUAAACUUGUCCAGCAAUCACCUACAAGGGCCUAUUCCUUUUGAGCUUAGUAAAAUGGACAUGGUUUUAGCUAUUGAUUUAUCAUCAAACAACCUGUCCAGUACAAUCCCUUCACAACUUGGAAGCUGCAUUGCUCUCGAGCCAAAAUUUAGAAAGCAACUGGUAGUGUCUAAUGCCAAGACCAUCCAAGAUGAAGAAGAAGGUAGAAAGGAGAUAAAAUACCCAAGAAUUUCUCACCGGGAGCUAGUUGAAGCCACCGGAGGAUUCAGUGUUUCAAGCCUGAUUGGCUCAGGUACAUUUGGGCAAGUUUAUAAAGGAGUUUUGAAAGAUAACACAAGGGUAGCUGUGAAAGUACUAUAUUCAACAGCUCGAGAAAUUUCGGGAAGCUUUAAGAGGGAAUGUCAAGUCCUUAAAACGACUAGGCACAGAAAUUUGAUCAGAAUCAUAACAACAUGUAGUAGGCCAGAUUUUAAGGCUCUUGUUCUUCCAUUGAUGCGAAAUGGAAGCCUUGAAAAUCAUCUGUAUCCAAGCCAUGGAUUGGAUUUGGUUCAGUUGGUGAAUAUCUGCAGUGAUGUGGCCGAGGGAAUGGCAUAUCUUCAUCAUCAUUCUCCUGUCAAAGGUGCUGAUGAGAAUGUUUCUGUCCAUGAUUCAGCUUCCUUCGACUCUACCGAUGGUUUGCUUUGCGGCUCAAUUGGUUAUAUUGCUCCCGAAUAUGGAAUGGGAAAAAGGGCUUCACCACAAGGAGAUGUUUACAGUUUUGGCGUUCUUCUGCUAGAGAUUGUGACAGGGAAAAGGCCAACAGACGUACUUUUUCAACAAGGUUCAAGCCUGCACGAAUGGGUUAAAAAUCAUUAUCCAAGCAAACUUGAGCCUCUUAUUGAAGAAGCAUUAGUGAAGUAUUCACCAGCACAAACCCCCAUUCCUCCUUAUCAGAGCAAUACAUGGAGAGAUGUUAUAGUGGAAAUGAUUGAACUCGGAUUAAUCUGCACACAGUACAAUCCUUCCAUUAGACCAACAAUGCUGGAUGUAGCCCAUGAUAUCAACUGUUUGAAGCAAUAUCUUUCGAGUGAUUCUUCGACCCUAUUGAUUGAAAAAGUUCCAACAAACGAAGGAAUUUGA